GUAGCCGAGAACAGAUAUCAGUGUGCAUGACAUUCACUCAGCUAUUCUUAGGAGGCUCUUGGGCACUCCACACAGCCCGGCCAAGCAGCAGGGGACAGAGCAGAAGCCGUAGCUGUCAACUCCAGCAUGUCUUACAGUGUGACCCUAACCGGGCCUGGACCCUGGGGCUUCCGCUUGCAGGGGGGCAAGGACUUCAACAUGCCUCUCACCAUCUCCCGGAUCACGCCAGGCAGCAAAGCAGCCCAGUCCCAGCUCAGCCAAGGUGACCUUGUGGUGGCCAUUGACGGUGUCAACACAGACACCAUGACCCACCUGGAGGCCCAGAACAAGAUCAAGUCCGCCAGCUACAACCUGAGCCUCACCCUGCAGAAGUCGAAGCGCCCCAUACCCAUCAGCACAACAGCACCCCCGGUCCAGUCCCCUCUGCCGGUGAUUCCCCACCAGAAGGACCCUGCUUUGGACAUGAACGGCAGUCUGGCGGUGCCCAGCCCCAGCCCCGAGGCGGGGGCCAGCCCAGGCAGCCCAGACACAACCGAGCUCACGCAGAACCUGAGCUCCUCCUGCACCCAGGGCUCUGUCUUCUCCCACACGGAGGCCUCUGACCCCUCCCCUCCACGGGGCCAGGCCAGCCCCGAGGGCACCAGAGCCCCAGUGGGCUCCAGACAGCCAAGGCAGUAUAACAACCCCAUUGGCCUGUACUCGGCAGAGACCCUGAGGGAGAUGGCUCAGAUGUAUCAGCUGAGCCUCAGAGGGAAGGCCCCGGGUGCUGGACUCCUCAGAGGCGCCGACUACCAGGAACGCUUCAACCCCAGCGUCCUGAAGGACUCCGCUUUGUCCACCCACAAGCCCAUUGAGGUGAAGGGCCUGGGAGGCAAGGCCACCAUCAUCCACGCGCAGUACAACACGCCCAUCAGCAUGUACUCCCAGGAUGCCAUUAUGGACGCCAUCGCCGGGCAGGCCCAGGCCCAGGGCAGUGACUUCAGCGGGGCAUCGCCGCUGGCGGGCCUUCCAGUUAAAGACCUGGCGGUGGACAAUGCCUCGCCCGUGUACCAGGCUGUGAUUAAGAACCAGAACAAGCCGGAAGAGGAAGCUGAUGAGUGGGCCCGCCGCUCCUCCAACCUACAGUCUCGCUCCUUCCGCAUCCUGGCCCAGAUGACAGGGACGGAGUACAUGCAAGACCCGGAUGAAGAAGCUCUUCGAAGGUCAAGGGAAAGGUUUGAAACGGAACGUAACAGCCCACGUUUUGCCAAAUUGCGCAACUGGCACCACGGCCUCUCAGCUCAAAUCCUUAACGUUAAAAGUUAAAGGGCCGACCAGGAUUCCCCCCACCCCCGAUCCCUCUACCCCUCAGGCGGGCCCCCCUCCCUCCAGCCUCCACCCAGACUUGGCAUGUGAGCCCCACGGUGAUGCUUGAGAAUGUGUCGUUGGGCUGGAGGGCACAGUUGAUAGUCACGGCAGCGGCCUGCGCUCUGCCCGCCUGAGCAGCCAGCCUGGCCUUCAUGGCCCGUAGGCUCCCCCGUCCGUCCCACCGCCUCACCCACCUGCCCCAGCCUGAGCCUCCACGAAACCGCACAGAGCCUUAGCUGAUGGAUCAGAAAGGACAGGACAGGGUUGCUGACAACGUGGCAGGGCCCAGGGCAGCUGAACAUGCCAUGCUCCGCUUCCUGUCUAGCCUGGCUCUGGGAGAAGCAGCCUGGGCUACUGCCAUCCUGGACUGAGUCCCGUAGAUCAGGGUCCUGGAGAGAGAUCAGCCCACUGCUCCGUCUGAGGCUUGGGGCAGCCGGAAAGGGCUCUUUGCAGAGGAAGUGGAAGCCCCCCCGCCCCCCACGCCCCGGGUAGCUGGGGCAGAGUCUCUUGUUGGGGCCUAUGGGCUGUGGUGAGACUGGCAUGUGCUUUCUCCUCUCUGUAACGAGUGUGCUUGGCUCCACGGCUUUCUCUCCUGUACAUAGAUCGGCAUGCUUGUUCUGAAAUAAAAAGGAUUUGAAAUGAA